AUGCUUUUAACAUGUAGGCUUAUACGUAUUUAUAUAUCUAUAUGUAUUUUUGGACAUGUUACAAAUCAUCUAUCUAUCUAUCUAUCUAUCUCAAUCCUUUCAGAUCUAUUUAUCUAUCUUUCUAUCUUCUGUCUACAUAGUUUUUUUUUUAUUAUCUAUCUAUCUAUCUAUCUAUCUAUCUAUCUAUCUAUCUAUCUAUCUUCAAUCCUUUCCGAUCUAUAUAUUUAUCUAUCAUUUUAUCUGUCUGUCUACAUAGGUUUGUGUUAUCUAUCUAUCUAUCUAUCUAUCUAUCUAUCUAUCUAUCUAUCUAUCUCAAUCCUUUCCGAUCUAUAUAUUUAUCUAUCAUUUUAUCUGUCUGUCUACAUAGGUUUUUGUUAUCUAUCUAUCUAUCUAUCUAUCUAUCUAUCUAUCUAUCUAUCUAUCUCAAUCCUUUCUGAUCUAUAUAUUUAUCUAUCAUUUUAUCUAUUUCUAUCUAUCUAUCUAUCUAUCUAUCUAUCUAUCUAUCUAUCUAUCUAUCUAUCUAUCUAUCUAAAUCCUUUCAGAUCUAUUUAUCUAUCUUUCUAUCUGUCUGUCGACAUAGUUUUUUUUAUUAUUAUCUAUCUAUCUCGUUUUUUUAUCUAUCUAUCUAUCUAUCUAUCUAUCUAUCUAUCUAUCUAUCUAUCUAUCUAUCUAUCUAUCUCUAAAAGUCUAUCUAGCUAUCUGCUUUUAUUAUCUAUGUAUGUAGAUUUCUAUUAUCUAUCUAUCUAUCUAUCUAUCUAUCUAUCUAUCUAUCUAUCUAAUUAUCAGCGGACAUGGAAUUGUAUAAGCUACAUUUUUCUUUCUUUCAUUCUUUCUUUCUUUCUUUCUUUCAUUCUUUCUUUCUUUCUUUCUUUCUUUCUUUUUUUUAUCUUUUUUCUCUGUUUAAGCUUCUUUCUUACAUUGUUUUUCGUUUUUUUCUUUGUUGAUACAAAGCUUCUUUCUUUAUUUCUUUUUCUUUUUACGAUUUUUCUUUUUCUUUCUUUUUUCUUUUUUUUGUUGUUAUUAAACUUCUUUCUUUGUUUUCUUGCUUGUUUCUUUGUUUCUUUCUUUUUUUUCUAUCUUUAUUUUUCUUUCUUCUUUGUUGUUAUUAAACAUUCUUUCUUUCUUUCUUUCUUUCUUUCUUUCUUUCUUUCUUUCUUUCUUUCUUCCUUGUCCCUAUCUUUGUUUUCUUUUUUCUUUGAUAUCUUUCUUUUCCGAUUUUCUUUGUUUUUACUAAAAUUCUUUUUUUCUUUCUUUUCUUGUCACUAUCUUUAUUUUAUUCUAUGUUUCCUUUAUCGGUACUAA